UCUUAACACAUUUUUAUGUUCUAUCGCCAUUUUUCCAGAGUGAGGAGGAUCUACAACCUGACCAGCUCGUCGCAGUACAAACUGUCUUGGUCGGAGAUCAUCGAAAUAGGCAGGGAGGUCAUCAACACCAAGAUGCCCCUCAACGGGGUGGCCUGGUACCCGGGGGGCUCCAUGAAGAAGUCCCGGUUGGUCCACAACGUCUGCUUCUACCUCUUCCACAUAGUCCCGGCUAUAAUAGUCGACGCCUUGCUGCUUGUACUGGGAUAUAAGCCAGUGUUGCUCCGGGUUCAGAAGAGGAUAUCCAAGGGGUUCGAGGUGUUCGAGUACUACGCGAACAACCAAUGGGACUUCGUCAACGACGAUUCUCUGGACGCGAGGGAGCUUUUGAAUCCCAGAGAGAGGGCUGUGUACAAGGUGGAUGGGGACGGAAUGGACUACUUCGAGUAUUUCACGAAUUGCGUACACUGCACCAGGCUGUACAUCCUCAAGGAACCGGACGAGACCAUACCAGCUGCCAGGAGGCAUAUGACAGUGAUGUGGCUGGUGGACUUGGUCACGAAACUUCUCUUUACCCUAGGAUUCCUUUAUUUGUUGUGGGCCAAACUCUUCAAACCCCUGUUGAGUCUUAUAUAGCAUUUUUAGUCCUAUUUUAGUCAUUUUUUUAUCUUUCUAGUUGUAGUUGAGUGGUUUGUGCAAUGAGAUAAUCGAAAUUUGUUAUAAAAUAAAAUAUAUCUUUACCAAA